GCCAUCACAGCACAGGACAGAGCAGCCGAGCAAAUCACAGCUGGAACCAUGCAGUCUGCCGAGGCUAAAUUCAACAGGAACAGCCUGCUCUUGGCACUGAGGCGGUACAGCUCGGCUGUCAGGGACAUGGAGCACACCAUCCUGCUCCCGAGCCUGCUGCGUGACGUGCCCACCGACGAGGUUUGGGACUGCGAGGCGAGAGAGGAGUCCAGCAAAGACUUGUAUGAGAGCUACCUGAUGUUUAAGACCAUAAGAACCAUGGUGGAGAGCGGCCUGGUGCCUCUGGACGACCACAAGGCCAAGAGCAACACGACUCUGAGCAAGAACAUGGAGCCUCUGCUGGACGCGGACCCAGAGGCCCUCUUCCACUUCCACCUGAGGGGACUGUUUUCUGUGAUGAGCAACCUCACCAAGAAGACCCAGAGCCUCACUGACAAAUACAUGGACAUCAUCGGCGUGGCAAAGUAGAGCACAAGUCAGACGUGUAGAUUUCAAGCAACAACAAACAACAUCUCGGGUGUUUGAGUACAUACUGUGCAGUAUAUGUAGCAAAC